CAGAAGAAUGUAACUUGUAUUAUCACAAAUUUAGUUUUGUGCUUCCUGAGUCAUGUCAGAUCUUCUCGAGUUUUUAAACUACUCAAAUUCAGGAGCCCUCCUGAAUGCCAACGAAGGCAAAGGGCUACGUGAGGAUGGCCAACCAGCAAAUGGAUCUCAGUCUUUUUGUCAAAGUAUUUCAGAGGGGAGAGACUCCAGGGAUUUAUGUGUUUCUCUGGGCCCAUUGCUAGAAGCAGAUGCCUCCAGAUACCAGCUGAUUCGCUACAGAAAAGCAGCUGAUAUAGCACAUUGUGAAUAUGCAGCUCUGCUGGUGAAAAACAGCAGCCUUCAAACUGAGAUCCAGCAGCUCCAAAGCCAACUGGUAACAAAAGAAGCUUCUUUGCAAGAGAUGAAGUCAGAGUUAGAAAUCUACGAAGAAAAUAAUGCUCGACAGUCCUCGAAAAUUCAGACCCUAAAAGCUCAGGUCAAGGAGCUGGAAGAAAUCGCUACAUCUGUAACCAGUGUAAAGUCACAGUCAGGUGCCUAUAUUUAUACUCUCAAAAGGAAGAACCAAGAGUUAAGUGAAAGAGUCUCAGAAUUAGAAAAACAUCUGAGGUAAGGUUCCAAGUACCUUUCAAAAGUGUCAGUUUUACCGGACACCAGGUGUGUUAACAAUUUGACUGUAAUAGCCUAAUGCAUGAUACGCUCAAAGAAAGAGAAACAUUAUUGUCUCUCAAUAGCCAGUGCACCUCUGUUACCCACCACAAUGAGUAUCUAUGUACUGAAUGAAAAGAGGGCAUUUAGGAGCUAUUGGGUCAGAUUCUGACUUGAAUUACAUCAGUGUUAGACCUGAGUAGCUACAUUGAAUCAGUGGAAUUACUCAGGAAUUACAUUAAUAUGAGUUCAGAAUUUUGCUCAAAAUACUGUG